CAUUUCCUGUCAUUUAAAUGAAAGCAAACACGUUUUUAUAUCUUGAAAUAAAACUGUCAACUCAGCUUAAACGAAACAAAGUUAGCCAUUUAAAUCAGCUCAAGCAGGUUCUCAGGAAGAAUACCUGAGCGGGGUUUGGUGUUUCUGACGCAUUUUACGUCACACCAGACACCAGCCAAUCACGUUCCUGAGAAGCUACCUGGCCUGUCCACCUGUUCAUCACAGAAGGCUGCGGCGCAGAGGGAGGAGGUCCGCGAGGCGUGAGAUGCGGUUUAAACCAUUUAAAUGUGGAUUCUUGUUGGUUCUGGCCGGCUUUGUGUCGCUGUCCUGGAUCCGCUCGGUUCCCGGUGAUGGAGUACCGGAUCUGAAGACCCUGUACAAGAGGCUUUUGGUGGCUGAGGAGCUGGGGGGGCAGGUCAGCAAAGAUCUCAGCAGCAUCCUGGGUGAGCUGGUGAACAUGUCAAGAGCUGCCAACAUCAGCAACCCAUUCACUAACUUCUCCAACAACACCAUCUGCAGGGAGAAGCAGCUGAGAGGGAAUUCAAGCCAGCACACCUUCCCUCAAGCCAACAUUUACCUGUACAUGCCUCACCUGAGACAGCACCCAGACAGCCUUGUUCCAAAUGUAGUGCUGGGAAAGGCCCGCCGUGGAGUAUCCAUGGUCCUGGGGAUUCCCACGGUGAAGCGGCAGAAGCAAAGUUACCUUCUCAACACUCUCAGCUCUUUGCUCUCCAGCCUGUCCUCCUCACAAAGCCUGGAUCUCCUCAUCAUCGUCUUUGUUGCUGAGUCAGACUCAGACUAUGUGGGCAGAGUGGCCCGGAUCAUCGUGGAGAGAUUUCCAAAGGAGGUGGAGUCCGGUUUGAUAGAGGUCAUCUCACCUUCACAGCAUUACUACCCCAACUUCAACACCCUCAAAGAGACGUUUGGAGACUCCAAGAACAGAGUCAAAUGGAGAACAAAGCAGAACUUGGACUACAGCUUCCUCAUGCUGUAUGCUCAGGACAGAGGAACCUAUUAUGUUCAGUUAGAAGACGACAUUGUGGCAAAGGCUGGAUAUUACAGCGACAUGAAGACCUUCACCACCCAAACGGCUUCAGACGAAUGGCUGUACCUGGAAUUCUCCCAACUCGGAUUCAUAGGCAAAAUGUUCAAGACUCAUGACCUGCCAAUGAUUGCAGAGUUCUUCCUAAUGUUCCACAAAGACAAACCCAUUGACUGGUUGUUGGACCACCUUCUGUGGGUGAAGGUUUGCAACCCUGAGAAAGAUAACAAAGACUGUGAGCAACAGAAAAACCGGCUGAAGCAGAGAUACAAACCGUCUCUCUUCCAGCAUGUUGGCCUUCACUCCUCCCUGCCUGGAAAAGUUCAGCACUUGAAGGACAAGGACUUUGACAAACAACCAUUGUUCCGGCCCCACCAAAACCCUCCAGCCGAGCUGAGCAGUAGCCUGAAGCAUUACCAGCAGCACAGCCUCAGCAGACUUUACCAGGGAGAAGACUUCCUGUGGGCGUUAACUCCAGUCAAAGGAGACUACAUCCUCUUCGUCUUCCACCAACCCAUCCAUGUCAAAGGGUUCCUGUUUCGUACUGGAAACAUCAAGACAAAUGGAGAUAAACUCUACAAUGCUACAGUGGAAGUGCUGCCCAGCAAUACCACAGCAAAGACCCAGAUGGUCUCUAGCUCCUCCUCAAAAUACAGAGAAUCAGACGACGGCUUCAUCAUUGUUGGUGUGUUUGAGAAUGGAGAAACUGAAGGUAGAAUUGAAGAGCAGUUGCAGCCAGUCUCAGCGCUACGUUUGGUGGUUCACUCCAACUCUGACUUCUGGGCUCUGCUGAAUGAGGUCUUUAUCGAAACCUGAAGGACUUGGAGGGGCACCUGUUUGCCUCCAGCUGGAUGCACAGCUCCCCCCGCUGGAUGAAGACCUUUAAUUCAGGACUUCUGGUUUUGUGACAUAUGAAGGAAUUUAAUCACCUGUGUCAGAAAUCAGGGUAAAUAAGGUUCUUCCAACAGCGGUGUCAGGCACUGACUGAACAAGCAAGGGUUAAAGGCCACCUGAGACACUCCACCUAGUGAUGGCACCAUUCCUGAUCUGCACUGUUUCUAUGUUCUAUCAAUAAAGAAAUAUAUUCUGUA